CUUCGCGGCGGCAUCGCCGCUGCAGCUGCGACCGUUGAGAUCCGAGCGUUUUCCCGGGACGUGAUGGCGGAGCCGCCGGCGUUUCUCUCGGCACAGGACGUGGGGUUCGUCUCACUUUUCUCCUGCCCACUUUUACGGAAAGCCAGGCCUGGCUGGGAAGCUGUAGAUCAUUUGCAUAUCUUACAAUGAAAGACAGAGCACCACAGAUCUUAACUAAGGCAAUUGAUACAUUGCAUCGUCAUAAAAAUGAAUUUUUUGAGAAACAUGGAGAGAAAGGCAUGGAAGCUGAAAAGAAAGCUAUUUCUCUUCUUUCUAAAUUACGGAAUGAGUUGCAAACAGAUAAACCAAUUAACCCCUUGGUGGACAAAUGUAUUGAUACUGACAUAUGGAAUCAGUACCUAGAGUAUCAGCAGAGUCUUCUAAGUGAAAGUGAUGGGAAACCAAGCUGGUUCCACUCACCAUGGCUGUUUGUAGAAUGCUACAUGUAUCGCAGAAUUCAUGAAGCCAUUAUCCAGUGCCCACCAAUCGAUGACUUUGAUGUAUUUAGAGAAUGCAAAGACAAAAAUUUCUUUGAGUCACAGGAAUCUAUCAGUAUUUUAUGUACUCACUUGCAACAGUUGACAAGAUCUAUUGAAGACCUAGACGAAAAUCAGCUGAAAAGUGAAUUUUUUAAACUUCUACAGAUUUCACUCUGGGGAAAUAAGUGUGACCUGUCUCUGUCAGGUGGGAAAAGUAGUUCUCAGAAGACCGAUGUGGUGAGUUCUUUAGAAGACUUAAAGCCUUUCAUUGUAGUGAAUGAGUUGGAGCACCUUUGGACGUUGCUGAGUAGAUACAGGAAAACAAGAGCAAAAGCGUCUGCAGUUAGAAUGGACAUUGUACUGGACAAUUCCGGGUUUGAACUCGUUACAGACUUAGUACUAGCUGACUUCUUGUUGUCCUCUAAGUUGGCUGCUGAGAUUCAUUUCCAUGGGAAAACUAUCCCAUGGUUUGUUUCUGAUACUACUCUACAUGACUUUAGUUGGGUAAUUGAGCAAGUAAAACACUGUGGUGAUAAGUUGAUGUUCCAGUGUGGGGUUGGCUGGGAAAACCAUGUUAAAAUGGGUAGAUGGGCUUACCACGAUCAUGUGUUCUGGACUCUGCCUCACGCGUACUGUUCAAUGCCUCAGGUCGCCCCUGACUUAUAUGCGGAACUACAGAAGUCAUGUUUAAUUUUAUUCAAGGGUGAUUUGAAUUACAGGAAGCUGACAGGCGACAGGAAAUGGGAGUUCACCACCCCAUUUCAUCAGGCUCUGGAAGGCUUCCAUCCAGCACCUCUGUGCAGCAUCAGAACAUUAAAAGCUGAGGUUCAGGUUGGUCUGCAGCCCGGGCAAGCCGAGCAGCUCACGGCUUCUGAGCCCAACUGGCUGACCACAGGGAAGUACGGGAUAUUUCAGUUUGACAGUCCACUUUGACUGGCUUAGCAGCUGCUGAUGUGUAGAAAGACCUGAGAAGCCUUUUCCUCCCACUGCUUCUCAGGAAGCAGUGUGUGAGCCUUGCCCUCGGCCACGCUGCAUCAGCUCUGGAUGAUGUUCCCUGGAACAGUGUCCUUGCCACAGGGGGAGUGCAGGGUUCUAAGCUAGUUAGAGAUAUUUUUACUUAUGUUGGGAUUUUGAUAACUGUUUCAAGUUAAAUGCUUAAUUUCAAGUGGUUUUAAUGAACUUACAGUUAAUUGAGUAUAUAGGAAAAUAAAAAUGAAUUCUCCUUUUUAAGUUAGUUGACUCUAUUCUUAGAUAGUAGACUGCAUGGUAUUUGAUAUCCUUGCAAGCAUAGAAUUUUAUUUAACUUAAUUUUGGUUCUUGAAAUAAAGGUUCAGUGAAAAUGUACACCUUAGUGACUCUUUGUAAAGGCUGUGUCUCUUAAAACUGUGAUACUUGAAAUGCACAAGUAAGACUGGCCUCACACAUGAAUUACAAUUUGUGUUCUUGAACUGUAUCCCUUUUCAGUAACCUGUUUUGUCUGCACACAUUUGAUUUUGGUGACCUGGGAAAUGGGUGUUCGAAAGCACAAAAUUCAACAGAGUAAAACAAAUGCAUUUGAAGAAAUGUAUCGUCUCUUACAUUCUAUUUGUGAUAUGCAUAAUGAGCUGAAAUCCUUAUUACCUCAUAAGUAUUUCAGAUGAACAGGUUUUUAGUUUACAGCUUUAGGUAGGAAAGAUUCUUAUGCAUUGAAUUUGUACACUUCCUGCAGUGAUUCAUUUUUUUAUAUUACACAUUUUAUUGGUCACCACCACAGAUACAAAGACUAAAAAUUCAUGUCAGUUUGUUUUGAAACUGAAAUUGAAAAUAAACCUGGAAAUUCUUGCACUGAAAUAAUAAAAUGACUUCUACUGAAAAAUCUCACUGGUUUUAUUUUCCUUCGGGGGAAAAGUUAAAUGAGAUCUGAAGAUAAAGCAUUUCACAAUGGAUGUUUUAGAUGUAGCUUCGUGUGGCAGUGGG